AUGUCCACCACCACCGCCACCUCCAUUUUCCUCUUCCUCUUCUCCCUCCUCCUCACCACCCACUCCAAACCCAUCCCCCACCUCACCUCCCCCUACCUCUCCCCCGCCACCAUCUCCGCCAACUACGACUCCAUGGUCAAGAACUUCAAAAUCUUCAUCUACAAGCCAAAUCCUCACUUCACUUACGACUCCCCCGUCCAGUCUCUCUUCUACACCGCCCUCCUCGACAGCGACCUCGCCACCAACAACACCGACGAAGCCCACCUCUUCUUCCUCCCCUUCCCGCCAGAUCUCCCCACGCGCUCCAUCGCGCGUCUCAUCCGCACCAUCCGCACCGACCUCCCUUACUGGAACCGCACCCUCGGAGCUGACCACUUCUACCUCUCCUGCUCCGGCGUCGGGUACGAGUCCGACCGCAACCUCGUCGAGCUGAAGAAGAACUCGAUUCAGAUCUCCUGCUUCCCGACCCCGCCGGGGCAGCUCAUCCCCCACAAGGACAUCACUCUCCCCCCUCUCGCGUCCCCCCACGCGCCGACCAGCAACACGACGACGUUUCUGGGCUACGUCAGGUCGAAUUGGGUGAAUGAUUCCGCCAUAGUCAACGAGUUACGCGCCAACCCGGAGUUCCUGAUCGAAUCGGAGCCGUCGACGCCGCAGAUCUAUGCACAGAGGCUCUCCAGCAGCAAGUUCUGUAUCUUCGAGUACGGCGACGGCGACUUGUCCGGGAUCGGAGAGGCUCUGCGGUUCGGGUGCGUCCCCGUGGUGAUUACGGACCGUCCGAUCCAGGACCUGCCGUUCAUGGACGUGCUGAGGUGGCAGGAGAUGGCGCUGUUCGUGGGGAGGAGAGGUGGGGCCAAGGAGUUGGAGCGCGUGUUGGUACGCGCGUGCUGGGAGAGGCACGACCAGAUGAGGCGGUUGGGGACGGCGGCGGGUCAGCAUUUGGUGUGGAACGUGCCGCCGCGGGCUUUGGAUGCGUUUCAUACUUUGGUUUAUCAGCUGUGGUUGCGACGCCACACGAUUCGAUACGUCCGGCGGGAGACGGUGUAG